AUGGACAUUGAACAGCGUAUCAAAGCCUAUCGUUUCGUCUCCUAUGCUGCAGUCACAUUCUCGGUGGUCGCUGUGCUGUCGGUUUGCCUCACUCUACCAAUGGUUUACAACUAUGUGAACCACGUGAAACGUCAGCGUAUCAAAGCCUAUCGUUUCGUCUCCUAUGCUGCAGUCACAUUCUCGGUGGUCGCUGUGCUGUCGGUUUGCCUCACUCUACCAAUGGUUUACAACUAUGUGAACCACGUGAAACGUCAGGUUAACACUGAUAUCACGUUCUGCCAGAGAACAGCCAAAGAUAUCUGGUCCGAAGUUAAUCACCUAGCUGAGCAGCCGUCUUCGAACAGAACUGCCCGUCAGGCAUACGCCACUGAUGAUGCUGGAGUGAACGGUGGUCAAACUGGUGGCGGUGGAUGCGCUGGAUGUUGUCUUCCAGGUCCUCCUGGUGCAGGUGGUACUCCGGGCAAACCUGGUCGUAAUGGAAAACCUGGAGCUCCUGGAUUACCAGGAAAUCCCGGCCGUCCACCACAAGCACCAUGCAACCCGAUCACAGCUCCACCUUGCAAACCUUGCCCAGCUGGACCUCCCGGACCACCAGGACCCCUGGGACCUCCUGGAGAUGCUGGACCUGAUGGACAACCCGGACAGCCUGGUAACGGUGGAAACCCUGGUUCACCUGGUCCUAAAGGACCACCCGGACCUAACGGAAAUCCUGGUGCACCAGGAGCUCCUGGUCAACCAGGGCAAGAUGCUGUCUCGGAGCCAAUCGUUCCUGGAGAGCCUGGACCUGCUGGAGAACCUGGACCGGCAGGACCACCCGGACCUGAUGGACAGCCAGGAGCUGAUGGACAGCCCGGACAACCUGGACCUAGUGGACCUCCUGGACCAGAUGGACAGCCCGGUGCUGAUGGAAAUCCUGGAACUCCUGGUGAGCAUGGACCGCCUGGAGAUAGCGGUGAAAGAGGAAUCUGCCCGAAAUACUGCGCCAUCGACGGAGGAGUUUUCUUCGAGGAUGGCACGCGUCGUUAA